AUGGUGGCAUACCGGUGACAGGCCUGACUUAGCUACAUCCGAUACUCCCAGAUCUGUGCAAAAGCAGUGAGAGAUGCAAUGAAGACAGAAUUCAAAGAAAAUGCCAAGAAGACUUCUAGCAGCAGAUUAACAAUUACGAAAGUGAAAAAGGAAUGAUCUACCCUGCUUGAAAUGCCACAUUUCCAAGGUGAAGAUGUGUAGGCCCAUGUUAUGGCAGAUUGAAAACGAUCUCACUUCAUGGG